CCUCUUUAAUUUCUCAGAAGACGCAAGUUAGACAGACUACUCCAAGCUUUUUUCUCCUUGAUUUCUUAGACAAAUGCAAGUUGAUGGAGCAUAUGGAUGAAGUUGAAGGAUCUACUGAAAUAAGCUCAACAAGUGCAUGUAUGAUGACUUCAGUGGUUGUUGAAGAUAACUUGCAUCGAUUGUUUAAGGAGUACGUGAAAUCUCCAACAUCCAAUAGUGCAUUGGUGCAAAGUAUUGUUGAUGGACAUGAUACGAAAAUGAGAGAUGAAAUGGAUGAGUUUGAUUUGUUUGAGAGUCAGCCAGAAUCUAGUUCGCAAAAAACACAAUUAGAACUAUACUUGGAAGAGCAUGUACUAGUUCGCAAGGGUAAUAAAAAUUUAGAUGCACUCAAAUUUUGGAAAGAUAACAUGAAUAGAUACCCUGAGUUGUCACUGAUGGCACGAGAUGUUUUAAGUAUACCUAUUAGUACUGUUGUGUCUGAAUCAACGUUCAGCAUUGGAGGGCAAGUAAUUGAAAAAUAUCAAAGUUCAAUAUUACCAGAAAAUGCAGAAGCUAAGUUGUGUGCUCAAGAUUGGCUCUAUGGACAUGGAGCGGUUGAUGAUUCUGAUGAGGAGGAUAUUGCAAUUGAUGUGGAGAAGAUUGUUGCCAGGAUGUUGGACGAUUGGCAAAGCGGAAUAUAGAGGAAAUGAUGAAGUGGUGUAGGAGGCAUAGAAAGAUGCAAUUGAACUAUAGCUUUUUAGUGUUGGCAUUCAACUGUAAUUAAGUGGUUAACUUGAUAAUUUAUAAUUCUUGUUUGGCAUUUUAUCUCGGAGGAAUAAGAUUUGAUUUUUAGAAUACUGAAAUUGUAUUAAAUGAGUUGGAUUUUUGUUGAA